AUGCCGUAUAAUAAACUAUAUCCAUUAAACUUACCAGAAAUACUAACCAAAAUUUUCUCAUACCUCGCUAUAGAUGAAGCACUAUACCCAACUUUAUUUGUUAACCGGUUGUGGUAUUUAUGCUCUGCUCCAAUAUUAUGGAGAAAGGCUGAAUUUACCGGUGAUCUAAAAAAAUCAUGUUUCCGAUGGGAUAAAUUCAAAAAGGUAGUACAUACACGAAAACCUCUCUAUAUUUCAAAAUUAACUGAACUUUAUAUUUCUAGAUGUAAAGUCUCUAGUGGAACCUUAUAUCGGAUUAGAGGACUGUGUCCGAACCUGCGUCACUUAACAAUAAGCAACUGUCAUGUAUUUUCUAGCGAAACGAUUGGAAAAAUCGUAUUCCCGAACUUAAUAUAUCUUAAAUUCCACAAUAAUGCAAUAAAUACCCGUAAACGUCAUCAUAUCAAGGAUAAAACAAUUUGUGGGAUCACAUCAUUAUGUCCAAAUUUAACUUAUCUUUAUUUGGGAUAUAGUAAUAAUAUUUCAGAUAUCUCAGUAAUCGAAAUUGCUAAGUCGUGUAAAAAAAUAGAGUAUAUUAAUAUAGGUGGUUUGGGUAUUACCGAUGUAUCAUUAAAAGAAAUCGCUCACUUAUGCCCAAACCUCCGACAUCUUCACCUGAGUAAUUGUGAGAAGAUAACAGAUGAUGGUAUUUGCACUUCACAUCCAAAUAUGGUUGGUUUUUCUUUUGCCGAUGAAGAAGGUGAAUUCGUUAUGGAUAAUAUAGCUGUUUCUGAUACAUCCGUGAGAAUAAUUGCAGACUUGUGCCCUAAACUUCAAUAUCUCAAUGUAUCUUGGCGUCAUAUAUCUGAUGAAUCUAUUUGUGUAAUAGCGCGAUCAUGCCCAAAACUUGAACAGCUUUAUCUUGAAGGGUGUGAUAUCACUGAUAAAUCUAUGUCUGCAUUAGCAAAUUUGUGUAAUCUCCAGAAGCUUGUUAUUGCUGAUUGCGAUGAAAUCAGCAUGAAUGCAAUUAUAACCUUACAGAAUAAAAAUCCCACUCUCAAUAUUUUCGGUUGGUAUUCAGAUACGAAUAGUGAGUCAGAUACAGAUGGUGUAAUACAAGUUCGAAUCUAUGAUUUAUCAGAAUAA